UAAUGUUAUCAGCCAUCACACGUCAACGUCUAAUCACAAGAUUACCAAUCCGUUCAUUUUCCACAACUCGUUUUGCUUUAAAUACAAGUAAACCUGUUAAAAUUGCUCAAAACUUAUCUGAAGUUAAUGGUGCCGAAUCCUUGAUUGGUCCAGGUGCUAAAGAAGGUACCAUGCCAACUGAUUUAGAACAAGAAACCGGUUUAGCAAGAUUGGAAUUAUUGGGUAAAUUAGAAGGUAUUGAAAUUUUCGAUACUAAACCUUUAGACAGUUCAAGAAAAGGUACUAUGGCUGAUCCAAUUGUUGUUGAAAGUUAUGAUGAUUACCGUUAUGUUGGUUGUACUGGUUCCCCAGCUGAUUCCCAUAUUAUUGAAUGGUUGAAACCAACAGUGGAUCAAGUUGCAAGAUGUUGGGAAUGUGGUUCAGUUUAUAAAUUAAAACCAGUUGGUGUUCCUCAAGAUGAUCAUCAUCAUUAAAUUCAAUAAAAACCAUUCAUAAACAGUAUGGAAAAUAUGAUGUCAUGAAAUAUUAAUUAUCAACAUUCAAAAAAAUUAAAAUACAACAAACAAAUUUUAUUAUUGUCAAGAUUUGACAACAUUUAGUAACUCUUUUUUUUACUCAUUAUUUUAUUAUUAUCAUUAUUAUUAUCAUC